CCCCAGCCGCCGGCGGAGGGCGUGGGGUCACAGCACUGACCCCUCCCCGUCUCUUCCAACCUCGGUGCUGCGCUCGGCGACUUCGCGUCGCAGUCGGGCGUGGGCCGCGGCGACAGGGGUUGGCCACUGGAGUGCACGCUGCGGAGGAGGAGACCCCGGGGCGAGUAAGUUUGCGAGAGCGCGACGCAGUCAGUCGGGGGAGCGGCAAGAUGCGCAGCGCACCGUGCAGACCCGGAGCUCGCCCGGCGCCACUGCGUCCUGCCUGAGAGAGGGCGGCGGUUUCCGAAGCCCUCUCCAAGCCAAGGAAAAGCGACACAAAAAGCCUGGAUCUUUCACUGCACCGUCCUUGCAGCGAGUGAAGGCUCUCUCUGCCUCGCCCUCUAGCGUUCAUCCGGAGAAGCGCCACCCCCGGGUUCCUGGGGACCCAGUGCGGCACCAUGGGGCCCACCAGCAUCCCGCUGGUCAAGGCCCUCCGCAGCUCGGUCUCCGACUAUGUCAACUAUGAUAUCAUCGUCCGGCAUUACAACUACACGGGCAAGCUGAAUGCCAGCGCGGACAAGGAGAGCGGCAUUAAACUGACCACGGUGGUGUUCAUUCUCAUCUGCUGCUUUAUCAUCCUGGAGAACAUCUUCGUCUUGCUGACGAUUUGGAAAACGAAGAAGUUCCACCGCCCCAUGUACUAUUUCAUCGGCAACCUCGCCCUCUCAGACCUGUUGGCCGGGGUGGCCUACACAGCCAACCUGCUCUUGUCUGGGGCCACCACCUACAAGCUCACCCCCGCCCAGUGGUUUCUGCGAGAAGGGAGUAUGUUUGUGGCCCUGUCCGCCUCCGUGUUCAGCCUCCUCGCCAUCGCCAUCGAGCGCUACAUCACCAUGCUGAAGAUGAAACUGCACAACGGGAGCAACAGCUUCCGCUCCUUCCUGCUCAUCAGCGGCUGCUGGGUGGUCUCCCUCAUCCUGGGUGGCCUGCCCAUCAUGGGCUGGAACUGCAUCGGCGCGCUGUCCAGCUGCUCCACGGUGCUGCCGCUCUACCACAAGCACUAUAUCCUCUUCUGCACCACGGUCUUCACUCUGCUCCUGCUCUCCAUCGUCAUUCUGUACUGCAGGAUCUACUCCUUGGUCAGGACUCGCAGCCGCCGUCUGACCUUCCGCAAGAACGUUUCUAAGGCCAGCCGCAGUUCCGAGAAGUCGCUGGCGCUGCUCAAGACCGUGAUUAUCGUCCUGAGCGUCUUCAUCGCCUGCUGGGCGCCCCUCUUCAUCCUGCUCCUCCUGGACGUGGGCUGCCAGGUGAAGACCUGCGACAUCCUCUUCAGAACCGAGUACUUCCUGGUGCUGGCGGUGCUCAACUCCGGCACCAACCCCAUCAUUUACACUCUGACCAACAAGGAGAUGCGCCGGGCCUUCGUCCGGAUCAUGUCCUGCUGCAAGUGCCCCAGUGGAGACUCCACCGGCAAAUUCAAGCGACCCAUCAUCGCCGGCGUGGAGUUCAGCCGCAGUAAAUCAGACAACUCCUCCCACCCUCAGAAGGACGAUGGGGACAACCCAGAGACCAUCGUGUCUUCUGGAAACGUCAACUCCUCCUCCUAAGACUGAAGGCUGCCGACCCGUGGGAAGCGCUCUUCCAUGGUCGCCCACCACCCCCGCGUGUGGCGCUCGACUGCCGCCAGGGAGGAGCGGGAGUGGGG